AUGGCCACCGAUGUCUACCAGCAGGCCAAUGACCUCGAUGGUCUCUUCGAUGAUGUCGACGACGAGAUGGCGGACUCGACGGCCAAUACCCCCUUUGACCAGAGUUUCAACAUGCCGGCAGAUACAAAUGAUGAACUCAGUGCGCUGUUGAACGAGGGUGGCGGCGAGGGCUUCAACUUGGAUGAGUUGAAUGAAAGAGAGCUGGAACAGGGUGAAAAGGCAGAUGAUGCGGUUGACUACGAAGAUAUUGGCGACGAUGAUUUAUUACCUGAGGAAGAGCCGGUACAAGUCGAAAUUACGACCGACAUGCUGCCAGGGAUUGAGGAGAACGCUUUGGAAGGCCUCGAUGAUGACGAUCUCUUCGGUCCCUCUACCACUCCGCCGCCUCCUGCUGCUCCUUCGAAGUCUGACGAGAAGCCUACGAGAGAAGCCGACCAAGAGUCCGACCUUGCUUCGGAGCAUGGCGAUGAAGCAACCCAGGACUUGUCUAUGCUCGAACCCGAAUUGGACGAGGUUGAAGAUGCAGAGUAUCGUAUACAGUUGGCGCUUUUCGCACAGUCGGGUAAAGGCUACAUUCCAAAGACGGAGCAGGAAAACAUCGAAGAAUGGCUGAAGGUCGAAUUUCCCAAAUUCAAGCGGAACGAGGCACCGUUUUUCAAUGAACUUUUCCCGCCCAGACCGCACAAAUGGCAGGGGAAAACGCCGCUGAAGCCUCCAAAGCAAGUCCGCCCAACCAAAGUCCACUUGGAAAUCGAGCAAGACCAAAGAGUGGCGUUCAAUUCAGCGGCUCCAAUCAACGCGCCAGAGGUUGAUGCAGAUUUCGUGAAGAUUCGAGAAACUGUAGCUUCUGUUGAAGCUGUAGAGUCUUCAGAAGAAUCAGACCUGGACGAGCCCCUCCCUGGCGGUUUGACGAUGCGUGAUUUGGAAUUCAUGUGCACGGAAUUCGAUACACUCUCGCAUCUGGCACCUUCGGACGAGGAGUUUGUUGAGAUCAAUCCUCGAGUUGUCGACAGUGACGAAGAGAUGUUCGGUUUCGAUGAUGAUUUUGAUCAGGAGAAACCUCGUAAGAAGCGCCGCCUUGGGUUGGACCCUCAAGAUCUUGUCAAGAUCCGCGAGCUCGACGUACCAUCCUUCGAUGACCCCGAAAAGAUCACUGCAAGACUCGCCACAAAGGUCGUGUUGGACUUGAACGACCCCGAUCUCCUUGUCGAAGAGGUCGAUCCAGAGGCUCUUCGAGCAAAGGUCCGUCCUGGUGAGAAGCGACCUGCCGUCAAAACGCUUAAGGAUCGCCUUCAACAUCGCUUCAAAACAUCCAACGAUGCCGAAUACGACCUGCUCAAGCAGAACCAUAGGCACAAAGUUCGAGGCCAGCUCACCAAUCUAACGAUCGAGCACUCACUGCCUGCCGUCCGUUUGCAAUACCCAUACUACCAAGUCCAGUUGUCUCUCCAGGAGUUGCGCAACUUCCACAGGAAACGAAUGCACUUCAGACACCCUAUUGUUUUUCGACAACCUGCCAAGGUCAAGAGGAAACACCAAAAGCAUCGACCCGCUUUGGAGCUGUAUCCCACCACGAAAGAGAUUUCUAUGGCCGAUAAUUCUUCGAUUGUUCUCCUCGAAUACUCCGAGGAGCAUCCUUUAAUGCUUUCUCAGACUGGCAUGGGUAACAAAAUCAUCAACUAUUACCGCAAGAAGAGCAAUGAAGACAACUUCCGGCCCAAAUAUGAGAUCGGCGAGACCUCGCUGUUGCUGCCAGAGGAUAAAUCUCCUUUCUACAUCUUCGGUCAAAUCGACCCGGGGGAGACCAUGACAGCCCUCUACAACUCUAUGUACAGAGCUCCGAUCUUCAACCAAGAUGCCAACUCCCACGAUUUCUUGGUAAUCCGUGAGACCACGGGGGUGCACGGGCAAAGCCACUACUUGAGGAACCUCGAAAACGUUUUCGUGGUUGGACAGGAGCUUCCUUCGGUCACCGUCCCCGGAACACAUUCGCGUAUGGUCACCACCGCGGCCAAGAAUCGUUUAAAAGCCAUAUCAUACCGUAUCGCUCGCAAGAAGAGAACCAAGCGCAUUCAUGUCGAGGACGUCACGAGGCAUUUCCCUGGGACGACGGACAUGCAGAACCGACAGAAGAUGAAAGAGUUCAUGAUUUUCAACAAAGAAUUCAAGGAGUGGGAAAUGCGGCCGGGUGAUCAGGUCCCAAGCGAAGAACAAAUUCAAAAACUGAUCCGACCGGAAGACAUUUGUCUUUUGGAGUCAAUGCAAGUCGGUGCCCAGUAUCUUCAGGACUCCGGGUAUGCGGAUAAUGACGAGGAAGACGACACCAAAGAGAAUGAGGCCGAUAGUAUCGAGCAGCAACUCGCGCCAUGGAGAACAACAAAGAAUUUCCUGCAAGCCGCCCAAGGGAAAGCCAUGCUCAAGUUGUACGGUGAGGGUGAUCCGUCUGGCCGCGGUGAAGCAUUCUCAUUCAUCAAGACAAGCAUGAAAGGUGGAUUCCGGCCGAUCGGUGGCUCUGCCAUGGACGCCAUUGCUUUGAAAAAGGAACUCGGUGGUCACAGCUACAACGUUGCUCGCCAGCAGAAAUCCUACGAAGAGUCCAUUCGUGGGAUUUGGGACAAGCAGAAAGCCAGUCUCGGGUCGAAAAUUGAGCCUUCCGAUUUGGACAUGGAUGGGGACGUGGACGCACAGGAAGAUAAAUACCCAGAAAGCCGGUCGAAUAUCCGAGCGACGCCAAUGUCCGGAACGCAGACACCCUCGAUCUCCAGGCGUCGGGAUGACGAGACGGCCACCUCAUUCAGUAGACGCAGUGUCGGCAGUCAGACCCAGAAAGCCCUGCGGAUUGUGCGCCGAAUCAAGACCAAAGACGGCGAAAUCAUAGAGCAAGAGCACUUUGAAACUGACCCAGCAGUGAUUAAGCGAUAUAUGAAGAUCAAGGAAGCGGAAGAGAUGCAAAGCACAAGCCUCAGUGAACUCGAACCUACCGGUGACCCGGAGCAGGAUGCGAGGCGGAAGAGACGACUCGAAGAAGCACUCGCGCAACUCGAGAAGAACAAAGCCCGCCGGCAAAAGCGCAGCAAAAACAAAGAAGCCCUUCAAGCCGCUACUUCUCCCGGUGGCACCGCCAUGUCUCCGGACGGAGAAGGGGGCGGCGGCGGCGGACGCAACACACAGCCUACGCAGCGAAAGUGUGCCAACUGUGGUCAGGUGGGCCACAUCAAGACCAACAAAAAGUCAGUCACGAAUGCUAAGUGUAAAAAUUGCAAUCUCCCCAUUGAUCGCAAGGUUGGAUCGCUGUGGAUGAGUGCGCCGGGCUUCUCAGGUUGA